AUUUCCGUAGUUGUUUGACUUAACUAUCUACACACUAAAAGAAUAGAAAAAAAAAGGUUUGUUCCAAACUAUACUUACAUAAGCAUUUCUUUCAGUGAGACAUACAUCAAAUAUUUGUAUGCAUCGUAGGGAAGAUUUAGGGCACCUAAAGAGAACCAACAUGUGAAAGAAGAUGAAAGAAUUCAUAUCAAAUCACAAUUUGUAGCAACUUUCUUACUGCCAAUCUUUGGGUCACACUGAAAUUUAGAAUCACUUGUGCAGGGAACUGAUUUUGUUUGUAAAAAGGGUAAGGAAGCUCUAGUCUCUAUUUUGAUGUAAUUAAAAUCUCUCAAGAGCAUCAGCAGUCUAUAUAGCUUGAUUUUGGAAAAGUAAAGUAAGCAGACCAGUUUUGAGCCCCAGACACAUUUUCUUAUUGAGUUCUCCAUCAAAAAUGAGCAGUUGUGGAGUUUUUCAUCUUCAUUACCUGGUUGUAGGACUAGUGCAAUCCAGAGAGUGAAGGAGGUGCAAAGAUCAGGACAGGAAGUGUUAACUCAUUUUAAGUUGUAGAGACAUGUUAAGAUACAGUCACUGAUCCUAAAAUCUUUUAUCAUCUAGAGUAAGGUUUAAUGUAGUCCUCAAUGUAUUCUGGAAACUCUCCUUGUCUUGUAAAUGAUGUUCUGCUUCUUCAGUAUAUAAUAGGUCGUCAGAAUUCAAAAGGUCAGUAAGUAAAGGGUUUCACCCCCAAACACCAUCCUUUCAACUUUCUGGUGGGAAAGCCAGUGCUACUGGGUGCAAGUUCCUUCAGUGAAUGUAGACAUUUCAUUGUCACUGUGAUGUUGGUUGUCAGAUUCUGGUAUAUUUCACUUUGGGAGGCACCAUGUUAUAAGCAUUAGGAACUUCAAACUAAAAUUUUCCACUCCAAUGGUAACCCUUAUCUAGGAUCUCAGCUGAAAGGAAUGAAGCUUGUUUGAAUCAGAAAAUGUACUUUACAUGUGUAAGUAUAUCAGCUUCAAAUUCUGCCAGAUCUUUAACAAGCAACUUGGUCUCUCACAGAAACCCUCUGAUUAGGAUAGAAACUGGCUGAUGUACAGGCCCCUGACCAUUAUCCAAUGUCAAUUUGCCUGGCAGAGUUGGCAUUAAUGCUACCUUUGACCUUGGCACCUGGAGACACAGGCUGGGUGCCCAACACCAUUCCUGGGCCCCUGUUGCAGUCUGUACUUGGCAGGGCCAACGAGGGCCUUGUUUGUUUUUCUUAAGUUGUUUUUUAAAAAAACAUUAUGGUAAAAUAUAAAAUUUACCAUUUUAACCAUUUUAAGUGUACAAUUCACUGGAAUUAAGUACAUUCACAUUGUGCAACCACCAUCCCUCAUUCCAAGUUGAAACUUUGUACUCAUUAAACAAUAACUCUCCUUCUCCAAGACCUUGACAACCACCAUUCUACUUUCAGGUCUAUGAAUUUGACUAUUCUAGGUACCUCUGUGAGUGGAAUCGUACAGUGUUUGUGUUAUGUGUCUGGCUUAUCAUUUGAUUUCAUAAAGUGUUGACUUGCUCCUCAAAGUGUGGUCUGUGCACCAGCAGCAUUGGCAUCACCUGGAACUUGUUAGAAGGGCAGAAUGUUCAGACAACCUAAAUCAGAGUUUAUAUUUUCACAACUUCCCCAGUGACUCCUGCAUGUUAAAGUUUGAGAAGCAUUGGCUUUAUCUACUGAGAAUUCUAGAUGGGUCAGGAACCAGGCAGGGAAGCCACCAGCCAUUCAAGAGUGAGCAGCUGUGGUGUAUCAGAAGCUUUGGGCAUUGUGUGUGGUAGUGAGCAAGACAGACAUGGUCAGCCCAUACUUCGGCAGCUUAGUCUAGAGAGAGAGACAGGAAGGAAAUAAUGUUUUAGUGCUAGCCAAAAGAAAUAAAGAUUGCUAAACAGAAGGAUGAUAGCCAGUCAUGAAGAAGUGGUAAAUCUUCCCUGAUGAAGUGACAUUUGGAUUGAGUCCUAAAGGUUGGAUGUGAGUUAGCUGAUGCUUGGGGCUGGGGAAGAAUUCCAGAUGGAAGUGGCAGUGUGAGAGUCCUGCUGUGGAAGGAGCUUAGGGCUUCCUAGAGAAGGAGGUCACUGCAGCUAGGCGUAAAUAUGGAGUUGGGGGUGCAGGAUAAAAGGAGAUGAGGUUGGUUGCCGCUGGAUGGUGGGUGCUGUGAGCCAUGCUGAAGAUCUCAAACGGCGAAGUAAUGUGUUGGAUGUGCUUUUGAAAUGGAUUCCAUUGAUGUGCUUUGGAGGGGAGAGUAUGGAAGCUUAAAGGGGCCUAGGUUUUGUUUUGUUUUUUUCUUUGACCUAAGCCACCAGGGUGUAGGCAGCUGAACUAGGCUUGGUCAUUUGGCUACUCCCAUCUAGAACUUAAAUCUGGAGGCAGUGCAGCAAAGAUUCAAAGAAUGGGUAUCUGGCAAUGAUGAGUGACAGCCCAGUGGCGGCAGGACCAGUCCCACCAGUGGAACUUUCUAACCAGACUUUCCAUGGCAGGACCCCGGCAGUCUUUUUUUUCAAUAGUCUUUCUUGGAUCCUGACUGUGUUUUAAGACUGAUUCUUGAUACUGAGUUGUAUGAGCUGUUUAUAAAUUUUGGAAAUUAACUCCUUAUAGGUCAUAUCAUUUGCAAGUAUUUUCUCCCAUUCAGUAAGGUGUCCUUUCAUUUUGUUGAUGGUUUCCUUUGCUGUGCAAAAGCUUUUAAGUUUGAUUAGGUCCCCUUUGUUUAAUUUUGCUUUUAUUUAUUUUGCCUUAAGAGAAAGCUCUAAAAAUAUAUUGUUAUUUAUGUCAAAGAGUGUUCUGCCUGUGUUCUCCUCUAGUUUUAUGGUUUCAGGUCUCACAUUUAGGUCUUUAAUCCAUUUUGAGUUUAUUUUUGUAUAUAGUGUUAGAGAAUGUUUUAAUUUCAUUCUUUUACAUGUAGCUGUCCAGUUUUCCCAGCACCACUUAUUGAAGAGACUGUCUUUUCUCCAUUGCAUAGCCUUGUCUCCUUUGUCAUAGAUUAAUUGACAAUAAGUGUGUGGGUUUAUUUCUGGGAUCUCUAUCCUGUUCCAUUGAUUUAUGUGUCUGUUUUUUGUGCCAAUACCAUACUGUUUUGAUUAACAUAGCUUUGUAGUCAAGCUUUGUAGUAUGAUUGUGCUGAACACCUGAAUUAAGGGAAUGUGAUACCUCCAGCUUAGUUGUUUUUUCUCAAGGUUGCUUUGGCAAUUUGGGGUCAUUUGUGGUUCCAUAUAGAUUUUAGGACUACUUGUUUUAGUUCUGUGAAAAAUGUCAUUGGUAUUUCGAUAGGUAUUGCAUUAAAUCUGUAGAUUGCUUUGGGUAGUAUGGACAUUUUAACAAUGUUAAUUCUUCUAGUCCAAGAACAUGGGAUAUCUUUCCAUUUCUUUGUAUCAUUUUCAAAUUCCUUCAUCAGUGUUUUAUAGCUUUCAGUGUAUAUGUCUUUCACAUACCUGGUUAAGUUUAUUCCUAGGUAUUUUUUUUAUUUUUGAUAUGAUUGUAAAUGGGAUUGUUUCCUUAAUUUCUCUUUCUCAUAGUUCAUUAUUACAAACAAAGAACCCAAUUAAAAAAUGGGCAGAAGGCCUGAAUAGACAUUUUUACAAAGAAGAUGUAUAGAUGGCCAACAGACAUGUGGAAAACUGCUCAACAUCACUAAUCAUCAGAGAAAUGCAAAUCAAAACCACAAUGAGAUACCACUUCACACCUGUUAGAAUGGCUAUCACCAAAAAGUCUACAAAUAACAAAUGUUGGUGAGGGUGUGGAGGAAAGGGAACCCUAGUACACUGUCGGUGAGAUUGUGAAUUGAUGCAGCCACUAUGGAAAACAGUAUGCAGGUUUCUCAAAAAACUAAAAAUAGACCUACCAUAUGAUCCAGCAAUUCCACUCCUGGGUAUGUAUCCGAAGAAAACAAAAACACUAAUUUGAGAAGAAUCUUGCACCAUAAUCAUCAUAGCAGCAUUAUUUACAAUAGCCAAGGUACGGGUGGCCAUGUCCUUUAGAGAAGAAACACAUCAAGAACUUGGGUCCUGGAUGAUUGUGCAGAACACCUGAAUUAAGCAGUGCUGAUUAAGCCACCUCUUUUGGAUUUCUUUUAAUGUGUGCCUGUGAAUCUGCGUGUGAUUCCUCCUUUGUCUCCUGCAGGGCUGGUUCUUGUGCUGAAACACCACAACGGUGCUGCGCACAAACUGGUGUGUUAUUUCACCAACUGGGCAUUUAGUCGGCCCAGCCCUGCUUCGAUCCUGCCCCGGGACCUGGACCCCUUUCUCUGCACCCACCUGGUAUUUGCCUUUGCCUCAAUGAACAACAAUCAGAUUGUUCCUAAGGAUCCCCAGGAUGAGAAAAUCCUCUACCCAGAGUUCAACAGGCUCAAGGAGAGUAACAGGGAGCUGAAAACACUGCUGUCCAUCGGGGGGUGGAACUUCGGCACAUCGAGGUUCACCACGAUGCUGUCCACAUUCGCCAACCGGCAGAAGUUUGUCAAUUCAGUGAUAGCCCUCCUGAGGACACAUGGCUUUGAUGGUCUGGACCUCUUCUUCUUGUACCCUGGACUCAGAGGCAGCCCCAGGCGUGACCACUGGACCUUUGUCUUCUUACUUGAAGAGCUCCUGCUUGCUUUCAGGAAGGAGGCGCAGCUCACCAUACGUCCCAGGCUGCUGCUCUCCGCUGCUGUCUCUGGGGACCCCCGUGUCAUCCAAAAAGCAUAUGAUGUGCACCUUCUGGGAAGACUACUGGAUUUUAUCAGCGUCUUGUCUUAUGACUUACAUGGAAGCUGGGAAAAGUUCACAGGACACAAUAGCCCACUGUUCUCUAUGCCCAAGGACCCCAAAUCUUCGGCAUAUGCCAUGAACUACUGGCGAAAGCUUGGGGCAGCACCUGAGAAGCUCCUUAUGGGGCUCCCCACCUAUGGACGUACUUUUCGCCUCCUCAAAGCCUCUAAGAAUGAGUUGUGGGCAGAAGCUGUGGGACCAGCAUCUCCAGGGAAGUACACCAAGCAAGCUGGCUUCUUGGCUUAUUAUGAGAUUUGCUCCUUCAUCUGGAGAGCAAAGAAGCGCUGGAUUGAUGAUCAGUAUGUCCCAUAUGCCUACAAGGGGAAGGAGUGGGUUGGCUAUGAUGAUGCCGUCAGCUUCAGUUACAAGGCAUUUUUCAUAAUGAGAGAGCAUUUUGGGGGGGCCAUGGUGUGGACAUUGGACCUGGAUGACGUCAGGGGCACUUUCUGUGGCACUGGCCCUUUCCCCCUUGUCUACACAUUGAAUAAUCUCCUGGUGAAGGCUGAAUUCAGCUCAACUCCUCUGCCAAAAUUUUGGCUCUCAACUGCUGUGAAUUCUUCAAGAAUUGGCCCAGAAAGGCUGACUGUGAUCAAGGAUUUGACCACUGAUUUGGGGAUCUUGCCCCCAGGAGGAGAGGCUGUGGCCACUGAGACCCAUAGAAAGUCUGAAACUAUGACCACAGUCCCCAGAGGUGGGCUUGUGACCCCUACAAGGGAAACUCUGUCCUUUGGAAAGCACCCCCUAGCUCCAGAAUGGAAGACUGAAACCCCUGGAGAGGAGACCAUGACCCCUGUGGGCCACCAGGCUGUGACCCCUGGAGGGAUAACUGUGGCUCCUAUGCAUCUUCAGACUGGAGAGAAAAUCAUGCCCCCAAGAAGGAAGGCUGAAGCCCCUGAGAAGAUGACCAUACCCUCAGGAAAGAUGACAGUCACCCCUGUUGGGCAGACUGAGACUCUUGAGAGGAGAAUUUGACUUCUGAGGUGGAUCCUGAACCCCUGGUGGGUUACUUUGGUCUUCACAAAGAAGCUGAAAACUGAAUGCUGCUCUCUGGUUCUUGUCAUUUCGCCCCCAGGACACACUCCUCUUGCUUUUGACAAGCCCUUUGUUCCCACUGAUGGAAUCAUUCCUCUGAUGACUCAGUAACCCUUCCAAUGAGUCCUCUCUCUCUCUAAAGAAAGAAAAUCCAGAAAACUCUGCUGUGGACUGAGGAUCCUAAGAUCUGUUGUUGGCAGAAACUGGGGAAAGUCCUUGCCUUUUCUUCUAGGUCCCCUGACAGAAGCUGCCUGUGCCCAGCCAUUCAUAAACCAUUCUUGGGGCAAAGCAGGCCCCAGGCCACACUGAGUUAAUCUCUUUUCUAUUGAAUAAACUGGAAGCAUAAGAAUUCAUUUGAGUUCUCUGAAGUUCUUUUCUUGAAAUGAGCUGUGCUAGCCAGUUGUCAGCUUCUCCCUUUCAAGGUCACUUUCCUCUCCUGUUAUUUUUGGAAAGAGGGAGUUUGUGUCUAGCCCAUGCUGAUGUGGAUUCCAGUGUCCAUUAUGUGCUUCCCUCUCUGCCAUGAACAACUGCUGACUUCACUGUUGGUCAGAGCCAGAAUCUCCUCUAGAGAAGUUU